AUGCGAGAGCACCCCAACAUACGCCACGUAUUCGAGGAUGUUCUUAUCUUCAAGGACAUGAAAGGACAAUGCGUCAAGAUGGGACUCACUGUGAAUUUGAAUGACCCAGAGUUCGAAACCGACAUUUUCAUUUGUGGGCCUAGUUGCAAGGGCCUAUCCAAGCUCAACGCAUCUAGGGCCAGUGACUUCGGAUGCUAUGAACGCGAGGAAGAAGAUCAGUCUGGAACAUCGGGUCCAACAUACCACUAUGGUUUCAAACUGGCAGUGGAGAACCUAUGUCCCGUUUUUGCCAUCUAUGAGAAUGUGAUUGGUGCCACGGAAUGUGCACAGCUCCCUUCCGGGAAAGUGCUGGAAUCACCGGUUCAAGUUGUCACCAAACACAUGAAAGAAGCGGGGUACAACUUUGUAUGGAAAAAGGUUGAUUCGCAACACUAUGGGCUGCGCCAACGUCGGUGUAGGGUCUGGGGAUUGGCCGUCCUGAACACUGGUGGAGGGAGCCAGUCUGAUUUGAAUGAACGUUUCGAUUUCCUGCUACAUUCCAUGCAGUCCAACUUCCAGUUCCCUAUGUCUGAAGUUUUUCAGAAGAAAGCAGAGGAAAAGCCAAAGGAGGGACGGCAUGACCAACUAGUGAACUUUUCACGGAAUGUUUUUGCCGGCAAUCAAAAUGUAUUCGUUGACUGCUCCACAAGCAUGAGAAACCACAUUCAUGCUGCUGAUGUUUGCACCUGCAUCACCCCGGGUCAUCCUGUUUACUCAACCGAGUUGAAACGGUACUUGACUGGGAGAGACUUCCUGAUGUGCCAGGGUCUUUGGCCAAGCUGCUGGUCUUCUGAUGUGUUCCAACAGUUGGUUUCUGAUCCCAAAUUUGCUCAAGACAUUGCGGGAAAUAGUUUUUCCUCAACUGUAUGUCAAGCCGUGGUACUGACUAUGUUUGGGUGCGGGCAAAAUGCUUGGAAUACUCUCACACGGACUGUUUCAGCGCCUUCGGCACCUUCAGCCCAGCCACCAGCAGUUGUUCGAAGAGUACGUGCAAAGCGGCCAGCCCCAGAGUUUGACCAUUUGGUGAACCAUCCACCCAACAAAAAAGGGAAGGUAGAGCCAAAGCCCAGAAAGAAUAACCUCAAAAGGAAACGUCGUCAAGCCUACAGACGCAAAGUUCCAGGUGUUGACGGUAGAACGAGGCAUGCGGAGAGCUCCAAGCCCAGAGGCAAGAAAAUCAUGGCAACGAUUUGGCAGAAGGAAAUGGUGGAACGAAUCAAAGCAGGUGAGGAGACAGACUACCACUUUGUGCAGAAGGUUUUGGGUCAAGCAAUUGACCAGUGGAACAAAAUCGUGGAUGAGAUGCGGGAAAGAGUCAACGAUCCCGAAUUUAUCCUCAAGGUCUUGAACGAAGAAGCGCAAGCAUUGGAGGGUGAAUACGGUAUGGAAACGGCAAUUCAUACUGUUCGCAAGCGUUUUGAUGAUGCCCUUCCAAGAAUCGCGGUGAAGGGAACAGAUGCAUCAAUGAGGCAUUGCUUGGAAAGAUGCUUGGAUCUACCAUUCACUGAUGAGGAGUUGCGAGAGAGAAGGCGGCGCUUGGGACUAAGUCUAGAAGAUCGAGCCCUGGUGGUGUGCGAUUUUGCACCGCAACAUUCAAUGAAACACUUUGAGUCAUUGAAGCGUGAGUGGAGUGUCCAGCACAACGCGGCCACUUGCCGUAUAAUCAGCGAACUGUCGUCGAUUUUGACGUCUCUGCAUGCAGACGCAUACGCUAUUCAAGCCUUGAACACCCUGGGGAAUGGAAAGCUGGUGUGGACAUCGUGGAUGAGCCGCGGAUUGAUCGAUGAGCAAGACAUCGCUAUGUGGCGCUUCGGAGGUGAUGUCCAGAAAGUGAGAGAGAUCCUGAAGCCGGAGAAGGACAUGAUGCACCAAUUUCUGAAGCUAGUGGAAGUGCCUGAUAUGACCACAUCCGAUGAAGAAUUGGCAAAACUUGAUCAUCUACGUCUUGAGCCUCUUGCUGGUGAAAGGCAAAUGUACUGGGCUAUUCAGUCUGGCAGUGAUGUAUCCACUCGUCAACCCCUACCAGUUUGGAUGUAUUCUCCAAUUUCCAUGGCCUUGUUCAAAUGGCUUGAGCAGAACCGAAAAUGGGAAGACAGGAUUGAGUUGAGAAUGAGGGAAGGCAAAAACUUGGAACCAAAGAAGCAGUUGGAAUAUGAACAAUGGUGCAAGGAAUCUGGAUCAAUGAAUUUCCUGUUCUCCAAGAAAACCAAGAAACAGGUGACCACCAUUCGAAAGAAUUGCGAUGUCAGCAAGAUCAAGGAUUUUCUCUUCUCAGUCCAUGUUACUUUCUCAACUGAGCCAAGCCGACUUGGCAUCAAAUCUGCUACGGGACCUCAGCAGCGACUGGUGAUUCUGAAAGGGGAACCAGUGACAAGCAGUGAUGUGCCUGAAGUUUUGGACACAGGACUACAUGAGGAUGCCCUGAACCAUCUACAUGAGAACGAGGAGAAUGAGAGCAAUGAUGAGGGAGAAAACGAGGAGUUGAACUUCCAGGCCCCCCCACAUGGUGAAUUUGGUGAAGACACUGGUGAAGGCCAGGAGGAAACAAGUGACCAUGAGAUCUUGGCCGACAGUGAUGACGAAGAAAUGUGGCAGGCACUUCUGUCAAACAAGCACUCACGAGUGAAAUCCUUCCAUCACCGUGAGGCAUAUCGAAAAUUAGACGAAAGAGGCUUGGCCGACAUUCCACCAGUCAAGGGGUGCACAUUAGUCUAUCAUUCAACCUCGAUGCAGUGGCAGGGCUACUAUCCGUCGGUGAGUUCAGGCUUGUCAUGCACAUGGGGCGGUGUUAGCAAGCGCAGUGAGGCUGAGGCACUUUUAAAAGUGAUCAUGGCUAUUGUCAGAGCUCAUGUGGAGAAGUGUCCGAAAGAAAAAUUGUGGCUCCGCCAGCUGGAAAAGCUGAAAAAUGCGGAGGUGGAACGAAUCAAAGCAGGUGAGGAGACAGACUACCACUUUGUGCAGAAGGUUUUGGGUCAAGCAAUUGACCAGUGGAACAAAAUCGUGGAUGAGAUGCGGGAAAGAGUCAACGAUCCCGAAUUUAUCCUCAAGGUCUUGAACGAAGAAGCGCAAGCAUUGGAGGGUGAAUACGGUAUGGAAACGGCAAUUCAUACUGUUCGCAAGCGUUUUGAUGAUGCCCUUCCAAGAAUCGCGGUGAAGGGAACAGAUGCAUCAAUGAGGGUGCAUGCGGCACGACUAUGUCGAAAGUGUGGCAUGAUGCCAACUGCGAACACAAAGCCGGGGAAGCAUCUACCACCAGAGCAUCCCCAGAUGCAAAAGGUGAGAUCUUGGCUACAAGCCCAGAUCCAUUCCGGCCGUUGCCAUGGUCAACUACUAUGUAACUUUGACCAGGUAUGGACUUUGAUGUUCAGACCAGCCAAGUCUCUGUUGAACCAGAGAGAUUCUGUGGAUGAGCUCAGCAGUUCAUGCAGCCUGAAGCGCCUGAGGCAUUGCUUGGAAAGAUGCUUGGAUCUACCAUUCACUGAUGAGGUAGAGGUACAGAGAGAAGUGCAUAGGCCUAGAAUCCAAGGUGGACCCGGUGCAUCAGGAUCAGUUGAACAAUGGCGAGCGCCACAUACACUCACCACAGUCAGUUGGGCAGAUGGAACCAUGACACGAGGGUUUGUCACCAUCAAAAGGGAGUACCUUUCGGAGUCACAGCGCGAAUUGAUCAACAAGGACUUUGUUUUUUUCCACAUGUUCCAAAGUUUCAGUCAUAUUGCAUACUUAUACACAUAG